AUGGCGUCGUCAACUGUGAUUGCAACGACGGGAUGGUAUAAAGGAAGAGUGAAAGCUGUUCCUUCGGGUGAUUGUUUGGUUGUUGUGGCAGUUUCUACUCCAAAGCCUGGUCAAACAUUGCCUGAAAGGACCAUCACUUUAUCGUCGUUGAUUGCUCCUAGAUUGGCUCGUAGAGGUGGUGUAGAUGAGCCAUUUGCGUGGGAAAGUAGAGAGUUUUUGAGGAAGCUCUGCAUAGGGAAGGAGGUGGCCUUUAGGGUUGAUUACAAUGUACCGUCGAUAAAUCGGGACUUUGGCACGGUUUUUCUUGGGAAUCAGAAUGUUGCAUUGCUGGUUGUUUCUGGAGGAUGGGCAAAGAUAAAAGAGCAGGGACAGCAGAGGGGAGAAGUUAGUCCCUACCUUGCAGAAUUGUUAAGAUUGGAAGAACAAGCCAAACAGGAAGGCCUCGGUCGAUGGAGCAAGACUCCUGGCGCUGCUGAGGCGUCUAUCAGAAAACUACCACCAUCAGCCAUCGGCGACCCUAGCAACUUGGAUGCAAUGGGUUUAUUAUCUGCAAACAAGGGAAGGCCCAUGGAAGGAAUUGUUGAGCAGGUUCGUGAUGGCAGUACCAUUCGCGCCUACCUGCUGCCAGAGUUUCAGUUUGUCCAAGUUUUCGUUGCCGGAAUUCAGGCCCCACAAAUGGGAAAGAGAGUUGCACCUGAAAGUAUUGUUGAACCUGAAGUGAAGGCUGGUGAGACUAAUGGAGGUGUUAGCGGAGAACCUCGAGCCUCACUCACAGUUGCCCAAAGACUUGCAGUUUCAACAUCUGCUGAAACAGUUGCUGAUCCUUUUGCUCUUGAAGCUAAGUUCUUCACUGAGAUGAGAGUACUGAAUCGAGAUGUUCGGAUUGUCCUGGAAGGUGUUGAUAAGUUCAGCAACUUGAUUGGGUCAGUGUAUUAUCCUGAUAGUGAAUCGGCAAAAGACCUGGCACUGGAGCUUGUGGAAAAUGGUUUUGCCAAAUAUGUUGAAUGGAGUGCAAAUAUGAUGGAAGAAGAGGCAAAGCGGAGGCUGAAAACCGCAGAGCUUCAGGCAAAGAAGAACAGGUUAAAGCUGUGGACAAACUAUGUACCACCACCUACAAAUUCAAAGGCAAUUCAUGGCCAGAAUUUUAGGGGAAAGGUAGUUGAGGUUGUUAGUGGAGAUUGCAUCAUUGUUGCUGAUGAUUCUAUUCCAUACGGAAGUCCACUAGCAGAGCGGAGAGUCAACCUUUCGAGUAUUAGGUGUCCAAAAAUAGGCAAUCCUCGUAGAGAUGAAAAACCAGCUCCUUAUGCCCGUGAAGCAAAGGAGUUCUUGAGAACACGCCUCAUUGGUCGUCAAGUGAAUGUUCAAAUGGAGUAUUCUAGAAAGGUUGGUACAGCAGAUGGAUCUGCAGUUCCAGCAGGAGCUCCUGAAGCUAGAACAAUGGAUUUCGGAUCAGUGUUCCUGCUGUCCGCCAGCAAAGCUGAAGGUGACAAUGCCCCAUCAGCUGUUGCAUCUACUGGAAGUCAGCAAAUUGGGGUGAAUGUUGCUGAGUUGGUAGUUGGGCGUGGAUUUGGAAGUGUUGUUAGACAUCGUGACUUUGAAGAGAGAUCAAACUUCUAUGAUACUCUUCUUGCUGCUGAGUCACGUGCUAUUUCUGGAAGGAAAGGGAUCCAUUCUGCCAAGGAUUCUCCAGUCAUGCAUAUAACUGACUUGACCACUACAUCAGCAAAGAAAGCCAAGGAUUUCCUGCCGUUUCUUCACCGAAGUAGAAAAGUCCCUGCAGUUGUGGAAUAUGUCCUCAGUGGCCAUCGUUUUAAAUUGUUAAUUCCAAAAGAAACUUGCAGCAUUGCUUUCUCAUUGUCCGGUGUCAGAUGUCCUGGUCGUGAUGAACCAUAUUCUGGUGAAGCAAUUGCACUAAUGAGGCGAAAGAUAAUACAGAGAGACGUUGAGAUUGAGGUGGAAACUGUUGAUAGAAAUGGAAAUUUCUUGGGUUCCUUAUGGGAGUCUAAGACCAAUGUGGCAGUUACUCUACUUGAAGCUGGUCUUGCAAAACUUCAAACCUCCUUUGGCAGUGACAGAAUUCCUGAUUUUCACCUUCUGGAGCAAGCUGAACAAUCUGCCAAGAGGGAAAAGCUGAGAAUAUGGGAAAAUUAUGUUGAAGGGGAGGAAGUAUCUAAUGGCACAACUGUUGAAAAAAAACAGCAAGAAGUGCUUAAGGUAGUGGUUACAGAAGUCUUGGGUGGUGGUAAAUUCUAUGUUCAGCCCGUUGGGGAUUCAAAUAUAGCAUCCCUUCAGAAACAACUUGCUAACUUGGACCUUAAAGAAACUCCACUGCUCGGAACUUUCAAUCCAAAGAAGGGAGACACAGUCCUUUGUCUUUUUGGUGCAGAUAAAGCUUGGUACCGGGCAAUGAUUGUCAAUGGACCUAAAGGACCAGUUGAAUCUCCUAACGACAUAUUUGAAGUAUUCUACAUUGAUUAUGGAAAUCAAGAAGAAGUACCAUACAGUCAACUACGGCCUAUUGAUCCAUCAAUAUCCCAUUCUGCUGGUCUCGCACAAUUGUGCACCCUUGCAUACGUGAAGGUUCCAAAUUUGGAAGAUGAUUUUGGUCAAGAAGCAGCUGAAUAUUUUAGCGAACUCACUUUAAGCAGUGGAAAAGUGUUUAAAGCAAAGGUUGAGGAGAAAGAUACAUCAAGUGGGAAAAUAAAAGGGCAGGGAACCGGAACAGUUUUUGCUGUAACUCUUGUUGAUGAGGAAUCUAAGAUCAGCGUUAAUGCAACCUUGUUGCAGGAAGGACUUGCUAGACUAGAAAAAAGAAACAGGAGGGACAGAAAAGAAAGACAACUUGCACUCGAGAAUUUGGAGACGUUCCAGCGAGAAGCCCAGACCAAGAGGCGCGGGAUGUGGCAAUAUGGAGAUAUCCAGUCAGAUGAUGAAGACAAUGCUCCUCCUGCAAGAAAGCCUGGUGGCAGGAAGUGA